GCUGCGUCUUUUCCUUCUACGCGUCUGUUGGGAAUCUGGUUGAAGAAAGAGUGUCGAAACAGAGGAAAAACUCCUGGAGAAGCAACUGUGACACUGUUAUAAAGAUGGCGUUCAUUAAAGAGGAGAGUGGAGACGUGAAGAUUGAAGAAACAUUCAGUGUGAAACAAGAAGAAACUGAGGAACAAACAGGCCUGAUGCCACUGAAAGAGGAGAGUGAAAUCCUGAAUGAAAUGGAAGAGAAAGAUCAGUAUGAGAGAAACAAUGCUUUCAAAGCGCGAGAAGAAAAAUCAUUUGGUUCAUCAAAAACUGUAAAGACUUACUCACGAAAAAGAGCUAAGAAGACUGGAGCUGGAUUUAUUUUCUCCUGCUUUGAGUGUGGAACGGGUUUCAAUCAACCCGAAGACCUUCGAGUCCACAUGAGAAUACACAAUGGAGAAAUGCCACUGAAAGAUGAGAGUGAAGUCCUGAUGGAAAUGGAAGAGAAACAUAAUGCUCUCAUAACUGGAGAAAAAUCAUUUAGUUCCUCGCAAAUUGAAAGGACUUCUGUACAAAAAAAAUCUCAGAAGACAGGAACUGGAUUUUUUUUCACCUGCUUGGAGUGUGGAACGGGUUUUAAUCAACCCGAAGACCUCCGAGUCCACAUGAGAAUCCACAAUGGAGAGAAUGCUUUCUCCUGCUUUGAGUGUGGAACGGGUUUCAAUAAACCUGAAGACCUUAGAGUCCACAUGAGAUUCCACAAUGAAGAGAAGCCUUUCAUGUGCCAACAUUGUGGAAAGAGUUUUACUCAAAAAGGAAACCUUAAAGUCCACAUGGGAAUUCACAAUGAAAAGAAGCCUUACACAUGCCAACAAUGUGGAACGAGUUUCACUCAAAAAGGAGCCCUUGCCAGGCACAUGAGAAUUCACACCGGAGAGAGGCCUUUCAUUUGCAAACUGUGUGGAAAGUGUUUCACGGUAGCAGUAAACCUUAAAUAUCACAUGUACAUUCACAAUGGAGAGAAGCCAUUCAGAUGUGAUCAGUGUGGAAAGAGUUUUAGCCGUAAACAAACGCUUUAUAACCACUCUAAGAUUCACUCAAGAGAGAACUGUUUUGAAUGUGAUCAGUGUGGAAAAAGUUUCAUUGAAAAAGGAAACCUUAAAAUCCACAUGAGACUUCACAGCGGAGAGAAGCCUUACUCAUGCCCACAGUGUGGACAAAGUUUCAGAUAUAAAAAUUCCCUUAAUGCCCACAUGAAAAGUCACACUGGAAAGAGUCCCUUCACUUGCAAACUGUGUGGGAAGGGCUUCACACGGGAGCAAAAUCUUCAAUAUCACAUGAACCGUCACACUGGAGAGAAGCCAUUCGCAUGUGAUCAGUGUGGAAGGAGUUUCAGACGUCAAGCAACCCUUACUCAGCACAGAAAGAUUCACUCAAGAGAGAACUGUUUUAUAUGUCAUGAGUGUGGAAGAUGUUGCCGUAGCCUUAAAAGCCUUAACAGGCAUCUUGCAUCCGGACACACAACGAAGCCUUAUGAAUGCCACGUGUGUGGAAAAAGUUUCAGAUUCAAAAAAACCCUUAAGGAUCACUUGAGCGCUCACACUGGAGACAAGCCCUUCACCCGUCUUCAGCGGGCAUGUCAAAGAGACCUAAAACGUAGUUUGCAAACUCAUUCUGGAAAGAAAAUGCAGUGUUUAGAGUGUGGCAAGAGGUUUACAAAAAUGAGCAAUUUUAGAAAUCAUCUGCUCAUCCACUCUAGUGGAAAAUCAUUUAAUUGUGAUCGGUGUCAUAAACAAUUUCUUUUGCCAUCACACUUAAAAAUACAUAUGAAAAGUCAUGCAUAUCUGAGAACUUAUUCAUGUUCUUUGUGUGGGAAGCAUUUCAAAUGGCUUGGCAAUUUAAAAUGGCACCAGAAAAUCCGGAUAUGCGUUAAAUUAAGGCUACGUUCACAUCGCAGCUAAAUGUGGGCCAAAUAUGAUUAUCUGCUCAAAUGCAGGUUUUUUUUUUUUUUGUUUUUUGAAUCAAUCAGAACGAACUUUAGCUCGACAAUAACCUUAUUUUAGAGCUGCUGUAAAGCCAAAACAGUCUCUCUUACUUUUAGUUACUAUCAACACUGUAAAGCUGGUUUGAAACAAUGUAUAUUGUUAAAAGUGCUAAAUAAAUGGUGAAUUGACUUAA